AUGACAUACCUAGGUCUCUCCUUUGAUAAUAAACUUUCAUGGACUCCUCAUCUUAAAAUUCUCAGGCAGCGCAUUGGCAAUCUCACUAACAGUAUGAAACAUACUGCAGGUAUGAAAUGGGGCAUACCGGCAAAUCUCCUGAAAUCUUGGUAUAAAACCAUUUCAGAACACAUUAUUUUGUACGGAGCCUCCAUCUGGGGCCAGAACGUCACUUCUACUAUGAUGAAACCUUUGCUUUCCAUACAAAGAAGUCAACUUCUGGUCAUCUCUCGGGCCUAUCGGACUUCUCCAACAUCUGCUCUACAAGCCUUUACGGGUCUUCCCCCUCUUGAUCUUGUAGUCGAGAGGGAAACCGCAGUGAUAAAAGCUACAAGGCUUAAUAAAAAUACAUCACUGUGGGGACAAAGCAUAAUCCACACAGACUAUGAAAAAUACAAAUCUCGUUAUCUUUGUCACCCAGCACAAUUUGACCUAAUGGACACCAUCCAUAUAAACUCAGAUUCUCCGGCGCAAAAUGACCAUGCAUUAUACACUGAUGUAUCUAAGACAAAGGCUGGCACAGGAUGUGGAUUCUGCGAAUUGGAUAAAGGCAGCAUCAUCUUCUCCUGGAAGCGAAGACUGAACGAAAGUAAUUCAGUGUUUCAGGCAGAACUCAUAGCCUUACACGCAACAAUCAUCCACAGUCGUAGGAAUGGUCUUAAUCAAGUUCAUAUUUAUACGGACUCCGCCUCAAGCCUCCAAGCACUUUCAAGCAUGCACAGCAGAAGCCCUCUGGUUAACAAAAUACAGAGAACUCUCCUUAGUAUUCCUAUACCUUUUCGUCCUGUACUCUGUUGGGUGCCAGCGCACUGGGAAUACUAG